AUGUCAAUGCGAGAUCCCCCAUGUGAGGUGAUCGCAAUAUGGGGCUCGUCAUACAUUGACGUGACCCUGGCUUCUCCUGUCAUGAGCCGCUUCGUCGGCGAGUGGAAGGUCAGAGAAGCUUGGACGACGAGUGACCACAACUCCCUUGACAGGUUAAGGGUGCCGAAGGUCAGGGGCAAGGACCAGCGCGCUCUGACCACUGUUCGGUUCGACGUAAGUCGGGCCGACUGGGAGAGUUUCGCUGAGAGCCUAACCGAUCUAUCUAGAUCGAGACUCGAGAUUCUCGACCUGGAGUCUGCCCGGGACGAGGAGAGCUUCGCUAAAGUCCUCAUAGAAGUCUUCAUAGAAGCCUCAGGACAGGCCAUGCCCAGAAAGAGGCGCUUUAGAAAGUCCAACCCGUGGUGGACGAAGGAAUUGACGAUCCUCAAGAAGGACGUCUAUAGAAAAAGACGGGCUCUCCAGCAGGAAAGCGAUAUGUCAGCGCGCCUCGUUGCGCAAGACAAAGAGCAAGAGCUGGCAGGAAUUUGGCUGGGAAACUCGGAGCCCUGGGGUUUCGUGUACAAACACGCGGCUCAGAAGCUACGGGUGGACAAAAUACUAAGCAGCCUUCGAACUGAAAACUCCUCGACUGCCACCCUAGAGGAAACUGCCGGACGCCUGCUGGAGGUGCACGUCCCGGAAGACCGGAAGAAUGAGAACACGCCUGAGCAGCGUGGAAUAAGAGAAAGUGUACGUAUCGUACCAGACACCAACGACGCCCCGUUCUUCAAGGAGGCAGAAAUCGUCGAAGCUGCAAAAUCUCUGAAGUCUAAUAAAGCGCCCGGCCUCGACCUCUUAGAGGUUGCAGUUGUGCGGGCAGCUUCAAGGCCAAUACCCGGGAAACUCUUCGAGAAGCUCCUAAAGGAGUGA